AUGUUGCCUGAUAAUGCGCUGGCGGCCGCUAUCUGGCUGGCUACUCCAGCCUACGCCAGCUAUGCCUUCUACGUGGGCAAAAACCUUACCACGGAUGGCAGCGUCCUUCUCGGCGGCACCGGCGAAGAAGUCUCAAGCCAUUGGCUUCAGCUUUUCCCGGCCCGUGACCAUCCUCCUAAUGCCACCGUCACUGUUGGUGUCACCGAAGAUGCCAUCUUCCCCGGAGAGCUCAUUCAGAUUCCUCAAGUAAACCAUACAUUCCGUUAUCUAAGUAUGGAAUAUUCAGACUACGAAGGAUUCCCGGCGCCAUUGACAAAUGGCGGUCUCAACGAGAAGGGCGUUGCAGUCCGAGAUGUUUGGGCCGACAACCGCCAGGAGCUUCUGGACAUGACGCCUAAUCCCCAGCACGGGCUGCAAUACAGCGAUCUGGCCCGCAUUGUUAUGGAACGAGCAAGCACAGCCCGGGAAGGCGUUCAGCUAAUUGGAGACCUCAUCAAGAAGUACGGCGAAUCCACUUACGGUGGCAACUCGCACCUUCUUGCCGACAAGGACGAGGGUUGGGUAGUUUGGGAAAUGGCAGGUGGUGCUGGGCUCUGGGCCGCCCAGCGGCUGGGACCUAAUGAAGUCAGGGUGUCAUAUCCCGGCUACAUUGAGGACUUCCCCGUCGAUUUUGCCAAUGACUCGAAUUUCAUGGGCUCUGAGAAUAUUGUCUCGUUCGCGGUUGAACAGGGUUGGUGGAACUCUACCUCCGGCAAGCCAUUCAAUAUAUUCGACGUCUACGGACCACAGGACCCCAGAUACAAGGCUCGCGACGGCGGGUACAAAUUCAUGUCACAGGCCGCUCUGGAAAACGCUACCCUGGCGAUGGCGCCAUUGACUGAAGAGAAGCUGAUGGAGCGGGUGCGUGACCAUCGCAUUGCCGAUGACGAGGCUGGCUACGGGCAGGUCGUCCGCCUUCACGCCGAUAUCGACAGUGACAUGCUACGCAUCUGGAACGCACCUACUGGCUCAGUCGCAGCCCCUUUCACUCCCUGGUGGCUCGGCGUGCAGUCGAUCCCGCCAGAGUCCGGCGAGCAUAGAUACCUGACCACUGGAGCCUCGAGCAGCUUCUUGAACCCGGACUACCAACUCCAAGAGGCUUCAGUCUUUGCUGGCCGAGUGUUCAAGCGCGUGCUGUACUACAUGUGCUCGGACCCAAAUCAAUUCCUGCCCAUUGUGACAGAGAUGCUGACGCGUUUCGAGAACCAGUCCCGUGGGGAUGUUGACGGAUGGGUGGAGAAGUCGGCGAGUCUCUUAAUCAAGGAGGACCAGCGAGAGGCUGCUCAGGCAUUGCUGACCUUUUACGCUCAUUCGCGAGCUGCGCAAGCCCUUGAGAUUGGCCAUACGCUGAACAAUGCGCUUGACGGGUAUAUCAAGCUCACUGGACAAUGGCGGUCACCAGUAGGUAGCGAGAUCAAUGACAGCGGCGAGGGAAAUGAGACCGUCAAUUGUCUCGUCGGCUACGAUCCAGAUCAGCCAAAGGAAUUGCAGCCUCCUGCAUCUCAGAAGCAAUUGCUGAAGUUCAGGCUCUAG